AUGUCGGCCGAACUCACAAAAGUCGAUUCUGCCAUUGCUGGCUUGUCAAUAACUCCUAAGGAGGAGAAAGAAGCCGACAAGGCUUCAAAGAAGAACCACAGGCGUCACUCAUCUCAGUCGGACGGUGUCUGGAAUAUCAAGGACUUGGAGGAAAGAAAGAUUGAGUUGACCCUCCCCAUUGAAACACAGAAGACCGGGUGGAAGCUCAACACCUCGCCGUCUACAAUUGAGGACAAGGAUAUCCUCAAACUCCAUCUCGUAACCCCCCCGGUGAAGAAGAUUGAUCUGCAUUUCCCGUUGGGAUUGGAGGUGACUGCUCGUAAUCUCAAGGGAGUCACAAUCAAGGACGCGCUGGACGCUAUCUACAAGCAGUUCAAGAAGAAGGCUAAUGAUGAGCUGGAUAAACCCUACCUUGCUGGUUUCGAGUGGGACAAGGAAGAGUGCUGGACACGCCUAAUCGUCCACCAGAAAAAGGAAGGCCCGGCCCAACAGACCUCAAGUAAGAAGUCCAAGAAGAAGAAGGAGGAGGCAUAG